AAACCAAGACAUGGCUGCUCCAAGCAAGGUUGGUCCUGCAAUAUCUACAGAGGUGUAUCUGAACAAUCAAACCGAUCAAGAUUUUAGCACGUUCGACAAGAAAGAUUGGUAUGGAUCCGGAAAUCAGCCGCUAAAUGUUCCGGCGCAUCAGACACGGUAUUUUCAACACUUGGCCGAUUCCAAUGUCGGAUCCUCCAUCGGCGGAACUGUGUUUGUUAUCAAACAAAACAUUAAGUGGGUUGUUGCCUGGAGGAAUGGGGUAAAUGAAGUGAAUAAGGUCUAUACUGAGAUUACUACUGACAGUCCUAUUAAUUGGGACAACAUCAAUGUACAACUGAAAAAGGCUACCAACAGUGCUGCAGCGAGUAAUCUCGGAUUCAAGUCAAGUCUUGAAAUUGAUUCAACCAGCGUUAAGCCAAACUUGAAUGCAAAACUCGAGGAAGCUUGAUCUCCUUCUGUCUUG